AUGGAAGACGAGGGUGCAGGCGACAGCCCGAAUCUCUCCAUCAUACCCUACGACACGAAUCGGGACGUCGUGCUUCGCCAUGCAGAUACCAUUGUCUACAGAGACCCACGAACAAACCAGCUGGUGCCUUUCCACCGCAACCAGGCGGUGGAAAGACGGUCGACCGACUGUCCCACAUGUGGUCGACCCUGGCAUUCUCAUGGCUCUGCAACCCAGGACUCUGGGUCCAGUCCUAUUGAAGAACAGCCCAGUUUCAUCACCCAUGACUACUUUGAGAUGCUAGCCCGGAGCCUUCCCGGCUCAAGUGAGACCUCGGCGCCGCCGUCCCCAAGGCGUCGUAUCGCACAGCCAGUGCGCUCACGUCUACGCCCUCGUCCAACCUCCGCUACCCCAAGCCCGCCACCGGAUGCCGAGUUUGUGGCGAGUAUACCGGCACCGCCAAACCGGGCCCAUGGCAUCUCAGAAACCGCAUUUUCUCCCAAUUACUUUGAGAAAUUCUUUGUCGAAGAGAGAGAACUCGGCAGAGGUGGAAGGGGCGUCGUCCUCCUGGUUAAGCAUGUCCUGGAUGGUGUCACGCUCGGGCAUUUCGCAUGCAAGCGUGUACCUAUCGGAGAUGAUCACGCAUGGUUGGAAAAGGUGCUCAUUGAAGUGCAACUGUUACAAGGCCUGUCACAUCAGAACCUGGUCUCCUACCGGCACGUGUGGCUCGAGGACUACCAAAUCAGCACAUUUGGACCCAGCGUCCCAUGUGCUUUCAUCCUGCAACAGUACUGCAACGGAGGUGACAUGCAUAAUUAUGUCCUUGGGUCAGCACAGACGACAACCACCACUCAGGAACUCAAGGAACGCAUUCGUCGGCGAUCCAAAGGAGAAACAGAGCUUCCUCGACGCCCAAACGAGCCGAAGAGAUUGCACUUCGACGAAAUCUACAGCUUCUUUCGAGAUAUCACUUCCGGGCUGAGAUUCCUGCACCACAACAAUUUCAUUCACCGGGAUUUGAAACCGAGCAAUUGUCUCCUACAUACCAGUGGCGGCGAGACAAGAGUUCUAGUUAGCGACUUUGGUGAAGUCCAGUACGAAUAUACAACGCGCAAAUCCACUGGUGCAACUGGUACAAUCUCAUACUGUGCCCCAGAAGUUCUCAGACGCAUCUCUCCUGGUGGCCCAUUUCAGAACUUCACAUCGAAAUCGGACAUCUUUUCGCUAGGAAUGAUCCUCCAUUUCUUGUGCUUUGCCACUCUUCCUUACCGCCAGGCCAACGUCUUACACGAGGAGCGUGAAGAUAUCGAUGAGUUAAGAGCCGAGAUUAUGGGGUGGGAAGGGUUUGACGACCAGCGCAAGAUUCGCCCCGAACUCCCGGCUGCUUUAUACGCCUUCCUCAAACGACUCCUUUCCCUCAACCCUGAGGAGCGGCCAAGCGCAGAUGACGUUCUCCAGGUCGUCUCUUCUGGUAGGCUUGACGACAUCCCAUCGGCGAGAAGACGGAACUCGAUGGAGCCCGAAGAACUCACUCCCGGUCGACGAGUGCAAAAGCUGGACAGUCCCGAAAAGGCCACGUCUCCUCACAGCGGCCUGGGACGGGACUUUGGCAUUAGUACUAGGUCCAGACGCCUACGACAAACCAGGUCUGAAUCUCGAGGGGAUGCUAAGGCCGAAGAUGUUCACACGGAAACCGGCUACUCGAGUGACAGUGAGGCGGAUCGUGCGCUUUCCCCACUGAUCGAUUCUCGGUCCGGCAACCAGAGACGCUCCUCUCUGAGGGCCAACAACACCAUCGUCCUCCGCUCCAUACCUGUUUCGGCAUCUGCAGCCUCCCCGAUAUCUAAGCAGUCUCCUCGUGAGGGCUCGCCGGUACGACAGCAGCUACUUCUCGAGGCCGCACAGCAGGACAAUGCAGCUACCUCGGUCCGAUCAAUUAAUAUUCUCCUCGCUUUCUUGUAUCAACCCAUGACCUCGCCGACUUUGAAACUUGUCAUCCUCGGCCUCAAACUGCUGAGCACCUUGCAGCCUUGUUUGGCCGUUGGUAUGAACGCCGUUGUUGUCUAUCCCCUCAUCUGUACUGCGCUCCUGGAGUUCUCCAUGGCAGAUGUGCGACUGUGGAAGGCCGGCGUGGCCAUGUUGUUGCAUGUUGCUGUGCUCUUGUUGGCGCUGAGGACAGACAGACUGUGCCGAGCUUCACCGGGCCUCAUGACUUGGGAUGCUGAGUGA